GGUUACAGGAACUUGAUAAUCUAAACAAUAAAUAUAAAGAGUUAGACAAUGGAUUGUUUUCAUCUCUUGGUGUUAUUAUUGGUAUGGCAGAUUUCAAGUAUUGAUAUGUCUAAAGUGAACAAGGACAAUUGUUCAACCAGCUGCUGUGGAACAACAGGUAUCCCAGGUGUCCCCGGUGUCCCCGGUGUACCUGGUGCUCCAGGAAGAGACGGGGUAAAAGGAGAUGCUGGAUCACCAGGAGAGAAGGGAAAUCCUGGAAAAAGUAAUUUAAAAUCUACUAAAGGUGAGAAGGGAGAUCCAGGAAGUACCGGGUUACAAGGUAUAAAAGGUGAAAAAGGAGAAUCUGACGCUCAUGCAAACGAUGAAAUAUUUUUAUCUACAUGGAAGCAAUGUGCUUGGCGGAGAGACGAUGCGAAAGAUCAUGGAUUGAUACAGAACUGUGUAUUCACGAAAAAGUUUGACAACACUUCCCUUCAAGUGUUUUAUGGAGGAAACUUGCGAAUUCAUGGGUGCAAUAGUUGUUGCAAACGUUGGUAUUUUACUUUCAAUGGAGUAGAAUGUAAAAACCCUCUUCCUAUUGAUGGAGUUUUUUACAUGGCCAAUGGAAAGUCACAAGAUAUCCAUCGACAUCGUCACAUUGAAGGAUAUUGUAACAAAAUUCAUAAAGGAAAAGUGCAAGUUGGAUUCUGGGUCGGCAAUUGUCCUGGUUAUGGUAACGCAGAUGCAUACAGUGGAUGGAAUUCAGUUUCUCGUAUUGUUAUUAAAGAGGUUCCUCCUCCACAAGAAUAAUUCCUUUAUUCACUUUUCCAUUUAACUCUAUUUUAUGUUAAAGCUUCCGUUUAGUUAAAAAUUCAUGUGUAUUUUAUGACAAUAAUUCAGUUUUGUAAUUUUAACGAGUUGAGUAAGUCUAUUAUUUACUCCUCAAUGAAUAAUACUAUUAAUGCCAGAUAAAACGAAAAUAAGUUGAUUAAAAUUUUAAAUUCAAUCAUA